CCCUGGAGGAGUGGGGCCAGCUGGGGCCUGGCCAGAGGGAGCUGUACUGGGAUGUGAUGCUGGAGAACUACCGGAACCUUCUUUCCCUGGGGGCCGGGCCUCCUGGGUCCAAACCUGACGUGAUCUCCUGUCUGGAGCGAGGGGAGGAGCCCAGAAUGGAGAAGAGGGAAGCCCAGCUAGCUGCCUGUCCAGCCUUGGAUACCAGCUCUACAACACCUCAGGAGACACUUCUGAGAGAGAGCAUUUCUGAAGAGGCCACUUCCCCUGUGGGAAAGAGGGAGGGGCUUUUAAGGGCAGUGCUUGGAGAUGCCAGGCUGGGGGGAUCUUGGGCCUGGAGCUGUCGGUUGGAGGACCAGGAAAAGCAAGAGAGGCGUUUGAGGUGUUUGUUUGCUCCUUGCAAGGAAACCAUCUGUGGGGAGAGAGGCAUGGGGUGUCUCAAGCUGGGGCAGAGCUUCAGACAGACCUCAGCCUUCAUCAAGAAGCAAAGAGGGCUGGUGGGAGAGAGAACUCGGAAGAGGAAUGGACCAAGAAAGAUCCUGAAAUGCCAAAGAACCUUCAUAGAAAAGAAGCCAUUUAACUGCAUAGAAUGUGGGAAAACCUUCAUUUACCAUUCAGACUAUAUUCUGCACCAGAGGAUUCACACAGGAGAGAAACCCUACAAGUGCAAUGAUUGUGGGAAGGCAUUUAGCAACAGCUCAUAUUUCAUUCAGCACCACAUCAUACACACGGGAGAGAAGCCCUACGUGUGCGGUGAGUGCGGCAAGACCUUCACUCAGAGCUCAUCGCUUACUGAGCAUCAAAGGAUCCACACUGGAGAGAAGCCAUACAAAUGCAAGGAAUGUGGGAAGGCUUUCACCCAGAGCUCCUCCCUCAUUAAACACCAGCGGUGCCAUACUGGGGAAAAACCCUAUAAAUGCGACCAGUGUGGGAAGUUCUACUCACAGGUGUCCCACCUCACCCGCCACCAGAAAAUCCACACAGGGGAGAAGCCCUACAAAUGUGCCGAGUGUGGCAAAGCCUUCUGUCACACUUCCUCCUUGACUCAGCACCAGACCAUCCACACCGGAGAGAAACCCUACAAAUGUAACGAGUGUGGGAAAACCUUCAGCCACAGCUCAUCCCUGUCCCAGCACCAGCGAGUUCACACGGGAGAGAAACCCUAUGAGUGCUCCGAGUGUGGAAAGGCCUUUAGCCACAGUUCAUCCCUGACUCAGCAUCAGAGAAUUCACACUGGUGAGAAACCCUAUGAGUGUAAUGAGUGUGGGAAGGCUUAUACACAGAUUUCCCACCUCAUGAGGCACCAGAGUGUUCACAUGGGAGAAAAACCCUACAUAUGUAAUGAAUGUGGAAAGGCUUUCAGUCACACCUCGUCCUUCACACAACACCAGGCAAUUCACACUGGUGAGAAGCCCUACAAAUGUAACGAAUGUGGAAAAACCUUCAGCCAGAACUCUUCGCUCACCCGCCACCAGAGGAUUCACACUGGGGAGAAGCCUUAUGAGUGUAAAGUUUGCGGGAAGGCCUAUACCCAGAUUUCCCACCUCAUCCAACACCAGAGGAUUCACACUGGAGAGAAGCCUUAUGAGUGCAGCGACUGUGGGAAAGCCUUCAGCCGGAGCACCCACCUUAUCGAACAUCAGAAAAUCCACACGGGCGAGAAACCCUACAAGUGCAGAGAAUGUGGGAAAACAUUCAGUCACAACUCCUCCCUCACCCAGCAUCAGAGAAUUCACACUGGCAGAAACCCUAUGCCUGUAAGGAAUGCGGGAAAGCCUUCAACCAGAGCAUCCACCUUAUUCAGCAUCAAAGGACCCAUACCGGAGAGAAACCCUAUAAAUGUAACAACUGUGGAAAAACCUACACCCAGAUUUCACACCUUAUUCAACACCAGAAGGUUCACAUGGGUGGAAAACGCUAUGUGUGUAAGGAAUGUGGGGAGGAUUUCAGCUGGAGUUCACUCCUGACUAAACACCGGAGGCUUCACGCUAUGCACAGCACCUACGUCUGCAAUGAUUUUGAGAAACCCUUUGCAUGGAGCACACAGCUUGCUGAUAUUCCGAGAAC